AAUAUCUGAAUACAGAUAUGUAAAUGUUACUGUCUAAGCUACCAAAUUGUCAUGUCCUUUUGCUUAAAGCAUUGAAUGGAGGAGCACUAUUUGUAACGUGAACUAGGUCAAUACGAAGAUGUUUAAGGGCAAAUGCGUAAACAACGGAUGAGAAAAGUUGAAGUAACUUGGCUGCAAAGGAUUGUGUCCCUGGAUUGCCAAGUGGACAGCACAGCUGGGACAAACCUCUGAUAUGCAGCUGAACCAUGGCCCCCACGUCGUGGCUAAGGGCGUUAAAAACUUGUGAAUUUGGGAUCUUUUGUUUAGCUGCCAAUAAAUAAACCUCAGGAAAAAGAAAAAAAAAUCUCAAACUAUCUUGAGAAAGUGAAGGAAAAACAAUGUGGCCCUGUCACAUUCUGCCCAAGUGCUCUUUGUAUUUCAAUCGGCCCCACUUACCUGGCCGCAACUCCUCCAUGGACUGCACACUAUGGCAGUGGCGUGUUCAUCAGAUUCCUCUUUAGGCGAGUGGGAGAUUCAGCCCCUCUUUCUUUGCUUUUUCUCACUCUACAAAUACAAAUCUCCAUUGGACCUCUCCUUCCAUUUCCCCCUCUUCUUGUGCUUACUUGCUUUUUUUUCCUCUGAUUUUUUUCGCUUUUUUGCUUUGGCGGGGCCCCAAGCUCUGCGAAAGCCAGCACAACCAGCAGGGUUCAACUGGCUUUAUUAUUAAAUCUUAACCAAGCAGCAAACGCCCGUUACUCUACUCAGUACUCAUCAAAUCCCCUGGUUGCCAACCCUGAUAUUUUUCUUUGUUACUCCCCAGCUUUGUCUUUGCUUUGGCUAUUUUCUUACUUUCUUUCUUAUGGCGGAGGUUUUAGACGACGGUGAGUUUUGGCUUCCGCCUCAGUUUUUAACCGACGAUGACUUGUUCAUGGACAAGAGUAAAGCUAAGAUCAAUCCCAAAAGUCUCAAAGAUGGCUUUGGGUUAGAGCUUGAUGGUUCCAAGUCUUUGUUUCCCAACGAGUUUCCUUCCGGGUUGGAGUCUUUUGGGUUCACUUCGGAUCUAAGUUCUCCGGUUGAGUCUGUGGUGGGUUCUCCUGAAACAGAGAGUGACGAAGAAGAUUACCUUGCUGGGUUAACUCGUCAAAUGGCUCACUCCACUCUCGAAGACGAUUUUGGCCGAAACGACAGCUCAUUUGCUUUUGAAAACUCCAAGGGAUGGGCCUUGUCCAUUUCGCCUCAAUCGACCCUAUGUGCGUUAAGGACCGGUUACGGUUGCAAGCAAGGGUCUAGCCGUGGAAGCCCAGACUGUCAAUCUCGAGUUUGGUCACCGUCGGGAGCAUGGGAUCAGCUGCACGCGGCAGCAGGGGAAGUAGCAAGGAUGCCGAUGAAUGAAGAAUCAUACGGUGGAUUCAACAACAGAGGCCUCUUUGGUCCACCUGCGAGAAAACGCUCUCCAAACCUCGAUGUUUCUGGUUUUUACUCUCCUCACCAGUCUCAGUGUCACCAGAAGUUACAGGCCACUCAAUUUCAGCAACUGAAACAACAGCAGCAAAUGAAACAACAAAGCACAUCGGUUUGGGGAGGACAGAAGCGGCAGCAUCAGCACCCCAGCCACCCUGUGGUCCAAAACAGAGGGAGGAAUAGUAGUAGUAACAGUAAUGGGCCUUUGGGCUUGUCCCCAUCUGCAUGGCCCCCUCUGAAGCCGCAACAGCAGCAAUCCCAGCCUCAAAACAGGUCGGGUAUGCGAGCUGUUUACUUGGGCAAUUCAACUGGUACAAGGGAGUGUGCUGGAACUGGUGUUUUCUUGCCCCGCCGUAUCGGUAGCCCUUCUGAAUCCCGCAAGAAGUCAGCUUGUUCUACUGUUUUGCUUCCAGCUAGAGUGGUUCAGGCCUUGAACUUGAAUUUGGAUGAGAUUGCUUCUCAACCUCAGCUUCAUCCUCGGUUUAAUCCAAGUUUCACUGCUGAUAAUGAUGCCGCUUUCAGGCUUCGAAAUGGUGGGAAUGUCUUUACAAGGCAGAAGCCGCGCAAUUUCAGCCUUGAAGUGCGGCUACCUCAGGAGUGGACAUAUUGACUCAACUUUGCAUCUGGUGAUGGUGGUUGACUAAUUCUGUUGGUUUCUUUUUGUUUCAAGUUUUAGGAAAUGGAAAAGAAUUAUAAAGGAUAGAAGAAAGGAAAAAUGGAAGUUGUUUAGGUUGCUGUAGGGUAAUAGUUAGCAUAGAAGUAUAGAUUGAAGAAAGAAAAUUAUGGUGACUUAAAAAUGAAAAUGAAAUGGUUUUUUUGGGGUUAGGUUUAGGUCAAAAUAAAGAAUUUCAUGCUUGAGGAAAGAGUGAUGGUUGCAGGAGGUUUUGCUCAUGUGGUUGGACUGGGGCUUGGGGGAAAUGUACAAGGGGUUACUCUUUUGUAAUCUGGAUUUCGGUCAAUAAGCUUUGAAUUUUGUUGAAAGUGAAAUGUUAAUGAAAUGAAUGGGGUUAGACAAUAUCCCCCAUCUUUUGCAGAACAUGACUGAUGACUGAUGACUGAUGACUGAUGACUAUCUCUAUUCUAUCACAUGGGUAAUCUGAUUAUCUUUCUAAGCUUGAAGAAAUUUCGCCUUCCAACUUGACCAAACCCCACUCAACUGCCGUGAAAGAUAAUAAAAGAGAAUGCGUUUGUCAUCAAUUGACUUAUUCUACCCUCGUUUUGUCUGUCACUUUCCUUGAGUUUUUUCUUUUAUGGCUAAUGACAGUUCUGCAACAUAGU